UCCGUUAACCACAUAGACUAAUUGCACACCCACCGGUUUUGGACGGCCGGUAAAAUAUCGACCGAUCUUUUAUGGGUAGGCUCUGCUUACACACGCGCCGGUUUUAUACCGGUGCAGUGCUGAUUUCCAAUAUUAUUUUUAAAGAAUCCCUACGAGUUGUUGCAAUGUGGUUACUGUACCAGCAUAAUAAAGCGUCGGAGAAUUAAGCGAAAGUUCUGGUCCAUUUCUUUAAAAUCCUCAUUCAGUUCGCAGCAAACUUGGCUCCAUGCUUCUCUAGU